AUGGCAAGAUGGCAACGUGAUCAGCUCGACAACCUGCUAGAAAACCUUCCACUUGGGCAUGUAGUCUGUGUGCAUGAUUACUCUGAAGGAUAUGCAUGCAGGCAACAAGAUGAAACCCAGUCAGAGUAUUUUGACGUUGCCAAGGUUUCUCUUCAUGUUACGAUCCUUCACCGACAUGCUACAGAAGCUAAAGAUGGAGUGACAAGUACAGAAGAGGAACCGCACCUGAUUAAAGAACAUCUUUUUGUAAUCUCUGACGACCCAGUUCAAGAUCAGGACAGUGUCCACAAGGUGCAAAACCUUAUCCACAGCUACCUUGCUAAUGAUGUUGGUUGCAACAUCAUCAAGAUGCACGAAGUUUACUGAUGGUUGUGCGCCCAGUACAAAUCCCGACACUGUAUUGGCGACCUAUCUUGCUCCCUCGCUGACUUUGGCUUUCACGUUGUCCGCAAUUAUUUUGAAACCUCCCAUGCUAAAGGAGAGCAAGAUGCUGCAGGUUCACAUGUUAAGCAGAAAGUUAGUCAAGCAGUCCUGCGCAGAACAACUACUAUCAAGUCUGCAAAAAGCAUGCAUGAGUACUUGGAGCAGAAUUUCACCCAGCGUGCUGCCUCAAGCUUUAAUGCAAGAGCCAAUGCUGUUCAGCUGAAGCGUCGUGUCUUCUUCUAUGUUCCUGCUGAAGGUGAAGGUGCAGUUGACAGAAACAGGCAAGGAAGAAAGUUUAAGGAAGCUAGAGGGAUAAGGAAAUGGCAUUGUGUGAAGUCUUUACCCCAGCAAGAAAAGGUUUUGGUGAGGUACAGGUCCUGCUACUGUGACAACUGUAUUGUUGAGGAUGAGGAGAACUGUGCUAACAAGGCUUGGCUGGAUGACUGGAAAGAGGUCUCAAUCUGCAGAGAUGGUUCAGUGGCAGUUACAAGGCAAGCAACAGAAACUAGCAUCCUUGACCAUGACACUGCAGGCCACAUAGCAGACCUUGCUGUGAAGGGGAGCACUGUAGCAAUUGCUGCUGAUGAUGACCCGAUGUAUGAUUUCUUUCUCCUGAAGGUCACAUCUGAAGGGGUUAAAGAGCUUGACAGUGACUAUACUGAUGACUACAACUUUACAGCUUUGAAGGAUCAGCAAGUUUUAAAAGGAAACUUUUACCUCAGGGACAACAUACACGACAUGACAUUCACCCUAGAUGAGAAACGUACCGCUGUUGUGUAUGCUGCCACUGUACGCCACAUUUGCAGAGAACUGCCAGGAAAGAAAAAGGGCAGAAAAACAAUAUACAAACUUCCUUUGAAGGAAAAUGAAGAGAUAAUUGCCUCUCUUUGA